AUGCAGAAAAACAAGUUUCUAACGCUGCAGAAAAAUAAUUUACGACCAUCUUGGGACUGGGUCGAUCAGAAAUGGGUAGAAGUUGCUGCAAAACAUGAUAUACUCUGGGUCAUUUCCUCACUACGCUCAUCAUCAGCUAAGGCAUCUGAGAGUGGUAGUCAAAGGUUAAGUAGUUUGUCUGUAUACCCGAAAAAAGAUGUGCCUAUUGUGCAUCCCAAGAAACGGCUGCGUGUUAACUACUCAGAUGAUGUGGCUUCAAAGGAGCUUAAUUCCAGCCUGAAUGUAGUCGGUUGCAAAGACAAACAAGUUUCUAACACUGCAAAAAUUAAUUUACAACCUUCCCGAGACAGGGUCGAUCAGAAAUGGGUAGAAGUUGCUGCAAAAUGUGAUAUGCUCUCGGUCAUUUCAUCACUACGCUCAUCAUCAGCUGAGGCAUCUGAAAGUUGCAGUAAAAGGUUACCUAGUUUGGCUGCGUACCUAAAUAAAGAUGUGCCUACCAUGCAUCCAAGAAAACGUCUGCGUUUUAACUACUCAGAUGAUGUGGCUUCCAAGGAGCUUCAUUCCAGCCUGAAUGUAGAGUCCGUUGCAAAGGAUAGAUCUUUUAGUCGGCGCAAAUUGUAUAAGAAUAACCAUUGUGUGAUCAUGGUGGAUUGA